AUCCUGUUCGCAAGUUACCUCACCUUCUCCCACCUAUUAGUUCAAUUAAAUAUUGGGUUCUACCGACUUGAACCAAGUGCAAUGUUAAAAUUUUUGUGUGUGGCAUUAGUGAUAUCAACGGUUCUGGCCAGACCAGAACCACCCGUCAAUUCCUAUUUACCACCCUCUAGUAGUUAUGGAGCUCCCGGAGGUGGUGGUUCAUCGGGUGGUAGUGGCUCAGGUGGUUCUCCUCUGGCUCCUUCGGAUGCUUAUGGUGCUCCAGAGUCGGGUGCAGGCGGUUCGGGUUCCGGUCAAGGACCUUCGUCAUCCUAUGGAGCUCCUGGCUUAGGAGGUGGUAAUGGUGGGGGUGGGCCUUCUUCCAGUUAUGGCGCUCCCGGAGCUGGUGGUGGUAAUGGUGGAGCGCCUUCUUCCAGCUAUGGCGCCCCCGGAGCUGGUGGUGGUAAUAAUGGUGGUUCGGGUAGACCUUCUUCCAGUUAUGGUGCCCCCGGAGCUGGUGGGGGCAAUGGUGGUUCGAGUAGACCUUCUUCCAGCUAUGGUACUCCCGGAGCAGGAGGUGGUUCUAAUGGCAAUGGAUUUGGUUCUCCUUCCUCCACUUACGGAGCUCCCGGUUCUGGAGGCUCUAAUGGCAAUGGUGGUGGCAGACCUUCGUCCUCUUAUGGAGCUCCUGGUUCCGGAGGUUCUAAUGGCAAUGGUGGUGGUAGACCUUCUUCUUCAUAUGGCGCCCCUGGUGCCGGUGAUUCUAAUGGCAAUGGUGGUGGCAGGCCAUCCUCUUCAUAUGGUGCUCCUGGUGCUGGCGGUUCUAGUGGAAAUGGUGGCGGUAGACCUUCCUCCACCUAUGGAGCUCCUGGUUCCAACGGCAAUGGUGGUGGUAGACCCUCUUCUUCCUAUGGUGCCCCAGGUGCUGGCGGUUCCAAUGGCAAUAAUGGCGGCGGCAGACCCUCCUCUUCCUAUGGGGCUCCAGAUCAAAAUGGAUCAGGCAGUGCUUCCGAUAGUUAUGGUCCCCCAGCUUCAGGCACAGGUCGAGGACGUAAUGGUGGCGGUGGAGGUGGUGGUUCCGGUGCCGGACAUGGAGGUCAACCCAACCAAGAUUAUCUACCCCCAAAUCAAGGUGGCAGUCAAGGUGGUAGUGGCGGUGGUUCCUCUGGUGGUGAUGAUGGUUAUGAUUACUCCCAAAACGGCAGUGGUGGACAAGGAGGUUCUGGCUCUGGAGGCGAUGAUGGAAACAAUGAACCAGCUAAAUACGAGUUUAGCUAUCAAGUUGAAGAUGCUUCAAGUGGUUUAUCGUUUGGUCAUUCGGAAAUGCGUGAUGGUGAUUUAGCCACUGGUCAAUAUAAUGUCUUAUUGCCCGAUGGAAGAAAGCAAAUUGUUGAAUAUGAAGCCGAUCAAGAGGGUUAUCGUCCUCAGAUACGUUAUGAAGGCGAAGCAACUGAAGGUGGUCAAGGAGGCGGUGCUGGUGGUGCUGAUGGCUAUGAAUACGAGCAGAAUGGUGGUGGAGAUGGUGGCGCAGGAGGAGCUGGUGGUGCCGGUGGUUAUAGCGGAGGCCAAGAUUUGGGAGAAAAUGGUUAUUCCAGCGGCCGUCCAGGAGGCGAUAACGGUAAUGGCUAUUCAAAUGGCGGUGGUAGCAAUGGCGGUAGUGGUCAAGAUUUAGGCUCAAAUGGUUACUCCAGCGGCGCACCAAAUGGCCAGGGAGGCAAACGCAAUGGUGGCUCAUCAGGAAAUGGAGGUCAAAAUAAUAAUGGUCAGGGCUACAGCAGCGGUCGGCCAAAUGGUAAUGGAGGUGGUCGCAAUGGCGGUGGUCGUAAUGGCAACGGCUAUCGUAAUGGCAAUGGCAACGGUAAUGGAAAUGGCAAUGGCAAUGGCGGACCUUCGUCAUCUUAUGGGGCGCCUGGUUUGGGUGGAGGCAGCGGCGGAGGGGGCUCGGGAGGAAGGCCCUCUUCCAGCUAUGGAGCUCCUGGAUUUGGAGCAGGUUCCAAUGGCAAUGGCGGUGGCAGACCUUCGUCAAGCUAUGGUGCCCCCGGUUUCGGUGGUGGCUCCAAUGGCAACGGUGGUGGUGGUGGUGCUGCUGGUAGACCUUCCUCCAGCUAUGGUGCUCCCGGUUUCGGUGGUGGCUCCAAUGGCAAUGGUGGUGGUGGUGGUGCUGGUAGACCUUCCUCCAGCUAUGGUGCCCCUGGCUUUGGAAGUGGUUCUAAUGGAAAUGGCGGUGGCAAACCAUCCUCCAGCUAUGGUGCUCCUGGCUUUGGUAGUGGUUCCAAUGGAAAUGGCGGUGGCAGACCUUCCUCUAGCUAUGGUGCUCCUGGAUUUGGUAGUGGUUCCAAUGGAAAUGGUGGUGGUGGUGGUGCUUCUGGCAGACCAUCUUCCACCUAUGGUGCUCCUUCCAAUGGCAAUGGUUUCGGUAACGGCGGCGGCAGACCUUCUUCUACCUAUGGUGCUCCUGGUCAAAACGGCGGCCGCGGUGGUGGUGGUGGCGGUGCCGAUGGUUAUGAUUACUCUCAGAAUGGUGGUCAAGGCGGUGGUUCUGGCGGUUACGAUGAUGGAAAUAAUGAACCUGCUAAAUACGAAUUUGAAUAUCAAGUCGAAGAUGCACCAAGUGGUUUAUCGUUUGGCCAUUCCGAAAUGCGUGAUGGUGAUUUUGCCACAGGACAAUAUAAUGUCUUAUUGCCUGAUGGAAGAAAGCAAGUUGUUGAAUAUGAAGCCGACCAAGGUGGUUAUCGUCCACAAAUUCGUUACGAAGGUGAUGCUUCUGGUGGAGCUGAUGGCUAUGACUACCAACAAAAUGGCGGAGCUGGAGGCAAUGGUGGUGGUGCCGGUGGCUACAGUGGUGGACAAGACUUGGGCUCUAAUGGAUAUUCCAGCGGUCGUCCUGGUGGUAAUGGAAAUGGUGGUUACUCUGGCGGUCAAGAUCUAGGCUCUGGUGGUUAUUCUAGUGGUCGCCCCGGCGGUAAUGGAGGUGGUUCCGGUGGUCACAGCAACGGUCAAAAUCUAGGAGCAAAUGGUUAUUCAAGUGGCCGCCCGGGUGGAAAUGGCAAUGGUGGUGGUCAUUCCAAUGGCAAUGGAGGAAAUGGUGGAAAUGGUUAUAGCAGUGGCAGACCCAAUGGACAAAAUUUGGGUGGAAAUGGUUAUAGCAGCGGUAGACCCAAUGGACAAGGACGCAAUGGAGGUGGUGGUGGUGGUGGUGCUGGAGGUCAGUUUAACAAUGGCCAAGGUUAUAGCAGCGGCCGUCCCAAUGGCAAUGGAGGUGGACGUAAUGGAGGUGGUGGUGGUGGUGGCGGCAAUGGCUACCGCAAUGGCAACGGUGGUGGCGGCGGCAACAAUGGCUACAACUAUGAUCAACAAGGUUCCAAUGGUUUUGGGGCAGGAGGUCAAAAUGGUGACAAUGAUGGCAGUGGUUAUCGCUAUUAAAUGAUACUUAAGAAAGCACAACACCUGAUAAUGACUAUGGCAAAGUUUAAAGGACUUCGUAAUGAUUUUUUUGAUAAAACCAACGAUUUGAAUAGUUUGAUCUAUUUUCUCAUCAAGAGAAAGCUAAAUUGCUAGGCUAUUAAAGCAAUAAUCUAGUAUUACUUUUAAUUUACUUUACACACUUAUUUAUAAGUCAAUUUCCAGACUGUUUCAAAAGUCCUUAUCUAAGGAUUCUAUUCCAAUUUUACCUCAAACUAUUUGUUUUAAAGCAAUUUUAACUAUAUCUCUUUUCCUCAACCCACACUUUUUUUUCC